GGUCCAACGGGGUCUGGGAUCUCUUCCCCUUUCCCUGACCACUUGGCUCUGGUUCCUUACCCCCCUGUGGCAGACUAUCUUCACACACUGGUCAGGUUAUGGAAGAGAGAGCGCCACCAGCACCACAACAGAACGGCUUUCUAUGCAACAGAGAGUCAAGAGCGAAGCCUUGCUCGCUUUGGUCCCCCACACAGGACCCACCCACGGGCCCUUCCCAUUUGGAAUCGUCUUUCUCUCCUUGUUGAGGAGUUUGCUGAUUUCUGGUGGCUUGCGGUUCUUUUCCUGCUCUCCUUUCGGGAGUCUUUUUUUUCAGCCCCUAACUCCGAUCUUGAACUGUGCUUCCAUUGUUGGCCACGAUGCCUGGAGGAGUCCUUGGUUCGGAUGUGAAGCGCUCCAUCAACCUCUUAGACGGUGUUUCAGUGGGAGAGCAGCAGCCCCCGCCUCCGCUCAAAAGCUACCUUUGUUUGACAAUUUUCGCCUGCUUCUGUCCAGCAUACCCAAUCAACCUCUUAGCCCUGGUCUACUCAAUCAUGUCCAGGUACAGUUACUAUAACGGAGACUAUGACGGGUCCCAGCGCCUGGGAAGGAACGCUUUCUUUGUGGCCAUCGCCUCCCUCAUCAUCGGCCUUGUCAUCAUCGUCGCCAUCUGCGGGGUUCAUUUCACCAACCUUGACUACUAGGGGACAAGGUUUUAAAGAGUGGAUGAGAGGAAAGGAGAUUCUGCAUACAAAGAGAACCUCCGGAUGAACUGGUGGCGUGUCAGGGGAGUUCAGCUGAAGGAGGGACAUGUAUCAGAUACGGAACUUGUACACCUCACGUAAAGAACCAACGGGACAGUAAUUGGUUAAUAAAGGAAGCGUCGUACAAAGCCGUGAGGAACAAUUCUGUGGCACUGUUUUGAUGAAUUUCAUUUCAUUACUAAUCAGGAAUACACAAUCCAUUUUCUCAUUCUUUCACAGUUCAUUUUUCCAUUUUGCCAAAUAAUUGUCACAUACUUUCACAAUUCAUUUAGAAAUUCGAACACAAGAAUUGUUCAUAAUUUUGCUUUUUGCAUUGUCGUUUUAUGUCUACCCGCCCAACCCAUAUUGGACUUGUCCAGUAUGGUGGUCCCUGGAAUGGAGAAUCCCUCAGAUGUUCCCUUCUCAAAGCCUCUUCCUCCUCCCCCCGGUUGAUGUCUUGGGGAAAGAGGACUAAAUCUAAUAUUAGCACUUGAGACUGUAAAUCUGAUAAACAAACAGCAUAAACGAAAACUAGCCUCCCAGAACAGGAUUUUUCAUCCUACUAAUAUAUAAUAUAAAUCAUGUGUCAUUUCUAGUCUAGGCAAAAUGAUGAGGAAUGUACUAAUCAUUGAUUGUGUCAAUCUCGUCUCUAACUAACCAUGGUGCUCCGGCAUAAUAAAAGUUUUCUAUAUUUUCUGAUUAAAUUAUCGUGUGAGCUGGAUAAUGGAAAUUACAUCCAUUCAGUGGCAAGAACUGUUUUAACUUUUAUAUAUUCUGAGUGUCUGUAAAUGUGACACACAUUCAUAAUAAAUGGGCCUGGUCACCG